AUGAUGGAAAAUUCUUCUACAGAGUUCAUGUUUGUGCUUCGUGGACUGAAUGACUCAAGGACAAACAAGCACAUUUACUUUGCGUUUGGUCUUGUUGUUUAUAUUGUGACUCUGUUUGUGAAUCUGACUCUGAUUAUCACAAUCAUUCUGGAAAAAAUGCUUCAUGAACCCAUGUACCUGUUUAUAUGCAAUUUGUAUGUAAAUGGACUAUGUGGUGCUUCUGCUUUCUAUCCAAAGAUUCUUGCUGAUCUUUUUACAGACUCUUAUGUUAUCUCAUACAGAGGGUGCCUCUUACAAAUAGUCAUGGUUUUCUGGUACGCUUUCUGUGAAUUCACAUGUCUCACAGUCAUGGCAUAUGACAGAUAUGUAGCCAUUUGUAAACCUUUGGAUUAUCACAGCAUCAUGACACCCCAGAAGGUGGUAAAUUUGCUGGUUUUUACCUGGUUCUUCUCCUUUCUAGAAACAAUUAUUGGGGUUGCACUGGCAGCUCGACUACCUCUGUGUGGUAACGUCAUUGAGAAGACCUACUGCUUUAACUGGGAUGUUGUUAAGCUUUCCUGCAUAGAUGUCACUCUGAACAAUGUCUAUGGGUAUAUUCUAAUAUUUUCUCACUUUUCCCAAUCUGUAUUUAUCACUGUCUCAUAUUUUUGCAUUAUCAGGGCUUCUCUGCGUUCUAAGACAGAGCGGGUUAAAUUCAUGCAGACUUGUCUGCCUCAUUUAAUCACCCUCAUUAAUUACAUUAUUUCUUUGCUGUCUGAUGCUUUGUGUGCUCGCUAUGGACAAGGUCAGGGACUGCAGUCUCUGCGUAACAUCUUGGGAAUGGAGUUUCUUGUUGUGCCUCCUCUCCUAAACCCAAUCAUAUAUGGAAUAAGGAUGGCACAGUUUCGCAGCCGGUUUGUAAAAAUGUACAGCCAUAAAAUUAAUUUUCUUACAUCAGUAGCACACCAAGGGUAG